AUGUGCCCAAUCAUAUUUUGCCUAUUUGCUCGGGAUUUUUGCACGAUAUACUCCGUCACAGUAUUUGGUUCGCCAGGUGUUGAUGCAAUCUAUCUUGAUUGGGCGGAUAUCUUCACCCGCCGGUGGCAACACCGGCCUGCGUUCAAGAAUAGACCUUACACGUAUCUUAUGAAUAGCUUAUUCCUUAAAGCCUUAAACGAGCUCUACUCUGGGCACUAUCGCCGUUCAUCAAAAGCGUUCAACAUACUUAGCUAUACAUUUUCGAUCACGCAGGACCGUUAG